AUGGAUCGGUAUAGAGCACCGAUAGCAACCAAUACCCCAAGCACCUUGAAACCAGAAGGCAAAAAGCUCAGGAGGAAGCUUCAGAAGAUUCCCAACCAAAGGAAUAGCGUUCAGUUUGCAACCGGCAAUGCCAAGGCAACAGAAUCCCGGAGUUUCCUAUCAAGCUUCACGAACAAAAAGACGGACCUGGAGAAAACGACGUCCAGGACGACAGAGACAUCAGAACUACCCAUUGACCUGAGCGACCCGAAAUGGGAUGAGUACUUGCGGACAAGCAGAUACACUGCGACGAAUGUGGAAUUCGUACCUCAGCCGCCUUCUCGGGAAUGUCUUGCACCGCCAGCGGAAGUCAUCCCGGAAUUCGCACACCUGAACAUUGCAGCUGAACCGGCACGAAAAUCCUCGGAAAGUUUUUCAACGUACGGCACCGCUACGCCGUCCAGCGCCUCAUCUACUGCAUCGACAAGCAGGAGAUAUGCUAAAACACCUGUGACCAGGAUUGGCCAGCUCGAGGCAGUCGCAUCACAAGAGCCACCAUUGACACAGGAUGGUUCAGGUAUAGAGGCCAUCGCAGAGUCGUAUAGGGCGCUGCUAGAAUCACGAAACACAUGGUCUCGAAACUCUUUUUCGGGGAACUCAUUCGCGGAGGAGAGGUUCAUGACGCCGUUCCAGUCAUUUGACGAGGUGCCGCAAGACCUUUCAUCGAGGCUUUGGGAUAUUCGGCCAGCGACUCCUAUCGAGACCAUUCUGGAUCUACCGCUGACGCCGAGACCGGGAAUGGGCUCUCCCACUUCUUCGGAUGGGACGCUGGUCGGGUUUGAGGAGGAUUCAAUAUAUUUCAAGCCCGUGGCAUUCUCCCCUGAGCGACGGACUCCUAGUCCCGUGUUCGAGAUCAGAGACAGCCCCGUUCCUAGCCCGAUCGGAAGGAAUGGUCCGAAACACUUCAAGUCAACUGCUUCCAUAAUGCCUGAAAACCCUACGGUUCAGAUCGUGUUCGAUCUGUUAACAAAAGAACUAUCGGCCGCAGCCAGCGGUAACACCAUGAGACCGAGUACAGAAACGUCGUCUCUGCAAAUAUGGCUCAUGAUAGAAACUUAUGAGAAGCUCAAGGAGAACGUAGAGGGCAUGGGCUUGGGACCAGAGCAGACCCAGUCCGUACAGGCAAUGUUCGGCACGUGGCUUAAUGCACUUCACACCAUUCACGAUGAUAUGACGGGGAAUGAUGGGCAGCGGAGUGAGAGCGAUUAUGGAGAGUAA